GCCGAUGUGGCCGAUCUCGUCGCUCUAAUCGACGAUCGCUUCGCCGUGAUGUGUGUGCACCAUGAUUAUGCUCCUAAGGAGACCACUAAGAUGGACGGCGCUGUCCAGACGGUCUAUCCGCGGAAGAACUGGUCUUCUAUGGUUCUUUACAAUUGCGGUCAUCGGAAGAAUCGGAUUCUGACGCCGGAGAUUGUGAGUUCAGAAACAGGGGCGUUUCUUCACCGGUUCCGGUGGCUUGAGGAUGAGGAGAUUGGAUCCGUGCCUUUUGUUUGGAAUUUUCUUGUUGGGCACAAUCGAGUGGUGGAGAAUGAUCCCAGUACCUUCCCGAAGGCGAUUCAUUAUACAAUGGGUGGCCCUUGGUUUGAGAAAUAUAAGGAUUGUGAGUUUGCUGAUUUGUGGCUGAACGAGUUGGAGGAAUGCGAGAAGGAGAAGAAGGGCCAGGAUUGAUUGGUAGAGUUUUCUUGUUCCUUUGGUGCUGAACUGAUGUUUCUUUUGUUUC